CAUUCAUUCAUUCACUCUCAGAAAUCAAAGUUAAAAACUCUCUCUCUCUUUGUCUUUCUCUUUCUCUAUCUAUCUCCUCAUCUUGCAAACUCCCCAACACAACACACUCCAACGUUAAUCGAUCAGAAACCACCACCACCACCUCUGUCCCUGUUUGUUUGAUCCACAAAAACGUAAAAAACCCGGUGUAUGCGAUUCUCCUCCCACCGAUGAUGCAGAUUCAAUUUCAGAAAUCACGGGUGUCUAUGAUACGUAAUCACCGUUUCCAUCUCUAUUUUCAUUUGAUCUGUCACCGAUUACAAUCCCACUCGAUCAUCAUCGGAAACUUGUUCAUCAUGUGAUUUUGUUCUGAAUUAAUUCCCUUUUUUUCUUUUAACUUUUCUGGUUGCGUAUUCAGCAAGUGUUUCUCUCUGCUGAAUUUGAUUACUGAUCUGGGAAACUCACACCCAGAAAAAUAUAGGGACAAAUCAUGGAAAAAAAAUAUACCCUUUGAAUAAUUGAUUGCAAAAAGCUAUUUUAAUUUGAGUCCUCUGUUUCUGGGUUUUUAGCCAUUUUACUGGUUUGAUUGUUCAUUUUGAUUUUGAUGAAUUGGAAAUUUUCUUUCUUUUUUGUUUUAGAAUUUAGAAUAUACCAUGGUUUGGGGGAAUGGAUAUAUACUAUACUUCUGCUCAAAGUUUUCGUCUUUGGAUUCACCUUGAAAUAUUCUGUUUUUCUCAUACUUUUUCUUCCUAUGGAUCAUCUAAGUUAAAUCAAGCCUUUUAUAAAACGAUCGGUGUAUGAUUUGAUUUUCUACUCUGGCUCUGGUUUAUUUUAUUUCCCAUUUGGUAAUUGUAAACCUUUUUUUUUUCUUUUUCUUUUUGAUCCUCAAGGUUCAUGAUUCUGUGGUUCUAAAUUCAUGUCUUAUGGUGCUUUUAAUCCAUAAGAUCGUAACAAACUGACUGAGUUAGACGAUCAUAUAAUUCAGCUUUUUAUUUACUUAUUUAUUUUUUGUCACAUAACGAGUUGUGAGUAUGUUUUUCUUUGUAGGUUUGAGGCUUGAGAUUUGCUAGUCAAUUAUAUUUUUGAGAAGUUUAGAUCUUUUCUUCUGCAAAGUUUGGGCACUGCCUAAAGUUAACAGCAGUGCCCAUGGAUGCCACAACCAGCGGAAACCCAACUCUCCAAUACCAUAACAUCCCUGACCAGCCAAUUGCUGCCAUUGUUGCCACACAACUUCCACCAUUUCAAAGGCAGCAACGCCAUUGCUUUGGGGACUCAACUCCAGGAGAGUUUCCCUUGUCUGCUAAUCCCUCCAUUGUCCUCCAUGUCCUCACGGCUUGUAAUUUGGAUCCUCAAGACCUUGCUAAACUAGAGGCAACAUGCCACUUCUUCAAGCAGCCGGCGAACUUUGCUCCGGAUUUCACUUUGUCCUUAUCCGAGCUUGCUGCACUAGACAUGUGCCAAAAGAGAGCCAUCUUUAAGCCAAUGAAUAUGGAAGAGCGAGAAAAUUUGAAGCAAAGAUGUGGAGGUUCUUGGAAAUUGGUUCUGAGGUAUUUGCUGGCUGGAGAAGCCUGUUCCAGGAGGGAGAAAUCACAGGCAAUAGCAGGUCCUGGUCACAGCAUUGCUGUGACAUCAAAAGGGGCUGUUUACUCAUUUGGGUCUAACAGUUCAGGACAACUUGGACAUGGCACCACUGAUGAGGAAUGGCGACCUCGACCAAUAAGGACUUUGCAAGGCAUCAGAAUUAUACAAGCUGCUGCUGGGGCUGGGAGGACAAUGUUGAUCAGUGAUUCUGGGCAGGUUUAUGCAUUUGGGAAAGACUCUUUUGGGGAUGCUGAGUAUGGGGUUCAAGGAUCUAAAACAGUUAUAUCUCCACAAUUAGUAGAGUCUUUGAAAAAUAUAUUUGUUGUCCAAGCUGCAAUUGGUAAUUUUUUCACAGCUGUACUGUCAAGAGAAGGCAGGGUUUAUACAUUUUCUUGGGGUAGUGAUGGCAAACUCGGUCACCACGCCGAUCCAAGUGAUGUGGAGCCCCAUCCUUUAUUAGGAGCUCUGGAAGACAUACCAGUAGUGCAAAUUGCUGCUGGAUACUGCUACCUUCUUUGUCUAGCUUGUCAACCCACCGGAAUGUCAGUGUACUCUGUUGGGUGUGGUUUGGGAGGCAAGCUUGGACACGGAACAAGAACUGAUGAAAAGUUCCCUCGUCUGAUCGAACAGUUUCAGAUGUUAAACCUUCAACCUAUGGUUGUUGCAGCUGGUGCUUGGCAUGCUGCUGUGGUAGGGAAGGAUGGCCGUGUUUGCACAUGGGGAUGGGGUCGAUAUGGUUGCUUGGGGCAUGGGAAUGAAGAUUGUGAAUCUGUACCUAAGGUAGUGGAAGCAUUGACUAAUGUCAAAGCGGUUUAUGUUGCAACAGGAGACUACACAACAUUUGUAGUGUCUGAUGAUGGUGAUGUGUACUCAUUUGGGUGUGGGGAAUCUGCUAGUCUCGGGCAUAAUGCUGGAAAUGAUGUACAGGGAAACAGACAUGCAAAUGUGUUAAGUCCACAGCUUGUGACUUCACUGAAACAGAUCAAUGAAAGGGUGGUGCAGAUUAGCCUGACCAAUUCCAUAUACUGGAAUGCUCACACCUUUGCACUCACUGAAUCAGGGAAGCUGUAUGCAUUUGGGGCUGGAGACAAAGGACAGUUAGGAAUUGAGCUUGUUGAAAACCAGACUGAAAGGGGGAAUCCAGAACGCGUUGACAUUGGUCUUGGUUAACUGUUUCUGCUGCCUUUACUUCUCAAUUCUUUACACCAGCAUGCAUAGCAUUUAGUUUUCAAAUUCCUUGUAUAUUUGUAAAUAUAAUCAAAGAAUGCAUCGUGAAGGUCCAAGGUAGGUAACACCUAACAAGGGCCUUAGCUUCUUUCUUAUGGUUUGUUCAUAUCAUCACUCGUAGGCUUCAACUGGUUGUUUAUAGUUGAUAAAGGUUCAUUUGCAUCGUAGUUUGUCUUGAAUUGUUUCCACCUAUAAUUUGCUUAGAAAAAGUUCGUCCCAUUUAGCAUUCAUUCAUUAUCAAAAUCCUCAUGGUUUGGUUUA